GGGUCUGAGGUGAGCCACGCAAUUUUCGAGAGGAGUGUGAGACGCACAAGGGCCAGGCGUGGACAAACCGCUGUAGCUUUAUGGGAUGCGUUCUUCGCUGUUUUGAGAGCAGGAUUGCUGCUUAUUAAUUGCUCGGAACGAGGAAACCGAGUGACGCUCUCGAAACCGUGUUUGGAAGCGUGCCAGACGCAGCCAGUGCAGGAGACGACGUGCUUGAAGCAGGCGGUCGGGAGGCGCUCCAGAUCGUUCUUGAGUACACUUGACACGCGGGAUGUCUCCGCACAGGUACUUCAUCGCCAUCUGUGGGAUCCUUCUUCUCGAACGAAGUGUUUUUACCUCCGGCAACACCGUUUACCUUACGGUGUCCUCCUUGGCUAAGCCUGCUCCUCGCCGGUUGGAAAUCAAUUGGUAUAACGUUCCCAGAGAUAUUGUGCACAACGUCGAAGCCAAGUUGUACAGACGCAACGACCCGCUGUCGCAAUGGGCUCUCCUGCAACCAUAUCCGGUAGACGCUCCAAAUGGAACCGUACAGACCAACUGGACUUUCCCUUUAAUACAGUUUUCUCCGGGGACGAUUAAUGCUUCCAGGGAGUGUCUGAUAUAUAAAGUGACCCUCGUGCGUCACAGCCUUACACGUGGCGUCCAAGGAGAGCACGAGCUAGCGUCAUCUUGCAUACGAGGUAGGCCCACGUGGGUACGUGACAGUUGCAGCGCCCUCUCCGGCUUCAUGCUGCACGAGCUCAUGCUACCAGGAACGCACAACUCUGGGAUGUACGACAGGACGAGCCCUGGGACGCCGGUCCCUUUCCAAGACUUCAUCUACAACCAAGAGGAGGACGUCUUCAGUCAACUGGUGUACGGCAUACGCUUCCUGGACCUCAGAGUCCGGCAGUACCGUUCAGAUUACUGGAUCACCCACGACAACAUCAGGGGACAAAUCACCGUCAGGGAAAUGUUAGAAAGCGUCAGAGCGUUCGUCAAGGCCACGGGAGAAGUCGUGGUCGUCGAUUUUCACAGGUUCACCAACGGCUUCGAGAGGUCGGACCCCGAUCACGACCGCAACCACGAAGCACUCAUCAAUUUGAUCCUCGACAAGCUCGAGGACGUCAUGAUGUACAAACACGCAGUGGCGACCACCCUCGGCGAACUUUUGAACAACUGUUCCGGGUCGAACGCAACCAGGACGGUUUUAGUGAGUUACAAUUCAAAUUUUAUUCGCGGGAAGACGCCUUACCUGGUUCCCGGAUCGCGCCACCUGUGGGCUGACGCGCGAGACGUCGACAGUUUAAAGGACUACCUAAAAGAAAGAAUUUGCCUGUACACCCGUGGGGUUUUGACGUCGGCGAUGGCGGAGCUGACGGCGAAGUUUCCGUUCUUCCUGGUCGGAAAUCGAAAACUGGCCCAGCGAGUGAAUGGCAACGUGACCCAGUGGUUUAGGGACGAGUGGUGGCGCUGCGCGAAUGUUGUUUCGACCGAUUUUUUUCUCGGCAACGACAUCGUUAACGUUGCUGUGGAAGCGAACCUUAGAAGGGCACGCGAGGCACAGCGUAGCACGUGAUGUGUUUGUGUAGAACUCAAGGAUUUUCCUCAGGAUUUUCGUCUGGCUGGUGAAGGUGUCGGGUGUGUGGCGCGGCCGUAUCUUCUGCUUUUCUAGCAGGUACUUUGAGGACUGUUUCGGGAUAUUUGGGGGCUUUAGUGUGGUGUGAGAGGGUGCUGGGAAAAUCCCUGGUUGAAUCUUUACGUGAAGUGCGAGGCGAAGAGACAAUGACGCCAUAGUGUUAAAGGGCUCCGACAGCUGCGACGUCAUAUAGGAAAGAGAGCCUCGGCCAUUCCUAUUCGCUCUCGUAAUCACAUGGCCCGUCCCAAAGGUUCGCUUGAGUGUUGCAGGUGUUACAGCUGGACGAGUCUCGGUAUUUGUUGUGCCAUUUUGUCUGUCACAUCAUUUGCUGUUAAGACUUUGAUUGCAGAUUCACGUCGACGUAUGCAGUGAGAGACAGAGACAGGAGCUUGGUGACGCCUGAAUAUGGGGUCUGCUGCUCCAUCUCUUUUAGUUGAGGAAUAUGCUCCUCUUCAUCGCUUGAUGUCGGCUUUCAGCAUAGCAGCUUCGUGGUGGUGGUGGGGGGUGGGGGCGGGUAGAUGGAAUAAGUAUAGCUGGUCACACCAGGAAUCGUAUGCAAAGAACACGUGUGCAAGCAACCAUCUUUCACAUCGAAACUUGUCAGAAACCCUUUAAUACGGUAUACUAACUUUGAACCUGUGACUAGGUUCCAGGCGCUGGAUCAAGGUCUAGACUGGUUCAAAGCGUCCAGACCCCAAAGGUAAUUUCUACAUCUGGUUUCACAAACGCACAAUACUACCAUAAUUUUGCUCAUUGCAUAAUUGUUUCUCAUGCUCACGUGCUCUUAUACUUAAGACGUACAAUGACCUUUCUCGGAAAAACACGACUGUAAUGGUACUGCACCUACAGGGAUAGUUCGCUUCCUGAGCUAAUCUACACAGACGUAUGUGACAGGUGCAUUCGACACCAAAGAACUUUCCUGCAGUAGCGUAGCCAGAAAAAUAUAGGGGGGGUUGAACCCCCAAACCACCCUCUGGCUACGCCACUGCUGCGAGGUCUUUCGCUUGGAAUCGUUGUGUUUCUAUAUGUUUUCUGUACUUUGCCGUGAGAGCUUGUAGCGCGGGCGAGUCCACAGGGGAUAGAAUAACAGAGUGCCUCUCGUCCGCUCGCGUGACGUUGCAUGACGUUCACUCUGGGGUGGUGGUGGUGGUGAACUUGGUGGCCGACUUCUAAGGGAACUGUGCCGACAUAUGUCUGAAAGCGUCUGAGGAAAACCCAGGAAAAACCCCAGACAGCACAGCCGGUACCGGGAUUCGAACCCGGGUACUUCCCAGUCUCGACGUACACAUGGAAACUAUGACGACAGCCAACAGGAGGCCGCGAAGCCGCUGCCACGUCAAAACGUUAUUUCACGACUUCGCGUGGGAAUUUCAAAUCGCCUUGGUUCCAGUGCUUUGCAAUGCCCACACUGUGCCCAUGCUGAUUACCGUACAACUUCAUUCAAAGUAACGCAAGAACCUUGGCGGAGUAUAAAAUGCACUACGCUUUCCAAUAAAAGUGCGUCAGACGCAAACAAUCCAUUUAAAACGGAAGAAAUUUGCAUAUGGCGUAAGUAUAGUUUAUUGUAUAGGAACAGGUCCAGUACCCAAACUGUGCACUCACUCUUAGGAAACAAAAGGUGGAGCAGUUUCACGUUUUAGGAGGUAAUAGUUGUCGUAUAUGUUGUGCCUAAAAGGUUGCAGAGUUCUACACUGUUAAAACAGAACUUCACCACAUAGCACGCUCCUAGCCAACCGUCAUGUACCCAAUGAUGCCCUGGAGAAAUGUGCGUCCUGGUCCGACUUCUAAGAGAACUGUGCCGACAUACGUCUGAAAGCGUCUGAGGGAACGCCAGGAAAAACCCCAGACAGCACAGCCGGCUCCGGGAUUCGAAGCCGACAUGACCACCUAACCACCAACCUAACCACUGAGCCACGGGAGCUGAUCCCGCCCCCCGGACCAAUGACCAAUGACGGAUCGUUCGGCACUGCCGGCGGUUUUGUUCGCUCACAUUUCACAAGCAAAAGGCAACGGAAGAAUCCUGUUCUUUGUGUGUUGCUGCUAAGGUAACGACAUCUCAGUCUAUACGAGGAUAACUGCCGUUGUCACUGUGCUGUGUGAACGAGCGAAUAUCAGUGAUGUCUGGUUUGAGAACGCCAGGAAAGCUUCAAGGAACACUUCCGAGUGCCCACGUCAACGUUUCAAUUCAUUGUGGACGCGUGCAGGGCCCGAGUGGAAAGAAUGAACACUAACAUGUGCCAUUCGAAAAAGGGUCGCCAUCGGGGUCUACAAGUUUUGUUCCGAAGCCGAGGAUAUAGUACCGUGACCGUAAUGUUUGGUGUAUACGAACGAAAUAUACAGAGACUUUUGUCAAGUCAUCGUGGGGACUCUAGAAAUACAAUGGAUAUAAAUAAACUGUCAGCAUGCAGACACUAUGGCAGAACAUAUACACGAGUUUUUCGCUGUACGUCAAUUUCCCCAGGCUGUGGGAAGUAAUAGACGGUUGUCAUUUUCCUGGUUCACCGCACAGAGACCACGCAAUUGACCAAAGU